AUGUGGACGGUUCUUUAUGAUAUGGUUUACGCCCACAUGGAUAUCAACGAUGAUGCGGGAGUUGGUAUAAAAAGUAUUGCCUUAAAACACAAGGCGAAUACGAAAUUUAUUCUGGCAGGGCUAGCGGCCAGCAUGGUGGGACUGUUAGCUGGGGCUGGAGUUGCUACCGGAGCUGGCAUCACAUUCUACGCCAUUAGCUGUGGGGGAGCAACAUUGACGCUUGGUGCUAUGAUCAAACGCGUCAGACUCAAGGAUCCAGGGAACAUAUGGUGGUGGUUUUGCAACAACUGUUGGAUGACCGGCGGUGUCAUCAGUCUUGGGCUUGCUAUUGAUUAUAGUUUGAACUAUAUUGAAGACCAAAGCGAAGGACGUCUUAAUUGA